GCGAUGUAGAGGCUUAAAUGCGAUGAUCUGUGUUGGUCAUGCUGGAGGGGACAGUCUAACUUGAGUUGGCUGUCUCCGGUAGGGUCUCCCAUUCCAGAAGGGCACGCGGUGAGCAUGAUACUAAGAACUACCCUCCCCCUCUGUCUGAUAGCGUCUGUUCUCCUUUGGGGCGGCUAUCAGAUGUUCCAACAAGCCAUGUUCCCCUCACUGAGAGGGGUGGCUUUGUUGGUUAUUGUCCGGCUGGUCCGAAAGGACUCUUAAAUUGUCCGUCCGAAAUCCAUCAGCGUCUGUUUCCCACAUUGGGCGGCUGAUGGUCUGCGUCUGUUAUCCCCUACUCCCACAGCGAUGGUAACGGGCUGUGGUGAGUCGAAUGCUACCGUGACCCAGGCUAGUCAGGUGAUAACACCGGGCCAGACUAGUCUGCAUGCUACGAGGUACCUCUGGACUUCUCUCCAAGUACCUCCAAAGCUGCUAAAGCCCUAACCGUCAAGACGGUUAAAACCCUUGCCUCGGGUGCCUCUGGGGGGGAAGCGACUAAGUCGCUCCUCUCAGGCGUUUCCCAUAUGCCAACUGUGCGAUCAGGGUCUGUGAUGGAAUCCUCCUGCCCUGAAGCCGCACCACCCCCUGCCAACUCCGGCUCUGAAAGCAGUCUAAGGCAUAAAAAUCCUGCCAGAAGGGCUGCUACCACCAGGCGUUCCGCCAUUCGCUUCAUUGAGGCUCUUGGCUCUAAAAAAGCCGAGGAACUCACAAAGGAGCAACAGGCUUCCCUCUCUUGGGCGAGAGCUCACAUUGCUGGUCUCAAGUCCGUCCCUCCUUCUGCUGAGUCAUCAGCGGUGCCUAAACGGCAACGUUCAGAGGAGGACGUGACAAUUAAGAGCCAGCAACCGGGUCCGAAAAGGCCUAAAGCGGCACAACGAUCUCUAGCUAAGUCCUUUAGCGAGAUUGUCAAAGACAAUCUCGUUAGGGCGGUUAUAGAUCGAAGUGUCAAUGACGGAUCCAUAUCUCAAUCAAAUUGGGAUAUGGUGAAGCAAAAACUGGUAGGGGUGUUUUGGAAAGUUCUCAAAGAGAACCCAGGCACUCCUCCUCAAUGCGAUGACGCUGGUUGGUACCAGGGUCACGUUAAACUCAUGUCUUGUGUGGAUGAACGCUCAGCGUUGCUACUCAAGACUGCCGUCGCAUCGUUGGGCGAAGUAUGGCCGGGAUCUAGGCUUGAGGUGGUAUCGGUGAGUGAGAUACCCCGAAAGCCUAGGUCCAUAGCUAAAAUACCAGCUGAGCCAUCUAGCCCGGAGGAGAUCUUGGUGAUCCUCCAGUGCUGUAACCCACAGCUUCCAACUAACGACUGGAAAGUUGUCAAGGUUACUGAUGCUGAGGGAUCUUCCAGAAAGGCGAUCGUCGUCCUGAAUAAGGACUCCUUGGGGCCGCUAAGGAAGACACAAGGGAAGGUGUACUAUGGAUUUGGUACGAUCAUCCUGCGUGUCUACCGUAGCGACAACAAGGACGAUACCUCCUCAGAGGAUGUAAAACCCAUGCCCUCGGAAGAGGACAUGGAAUGCAAUGACGCCGCUGGUCCAAUCGACAUUGAAGAUACCAACUCUGUCUCCGAACUGGUUGGUACCUUCUUUGAACGGAUGGACGAGGCGGUGGACGAGGACGCCCUCCUGAAUUCUGACCAGGAGGACGCCGACGUCACCGUUGUACAAAUUGAGCAUGGUGAAGGUGACGCAAAUAAACCUUCACCACUCUAAGGCAGCAUCUGCUGCACUGCUCCUCCGAAUUGCUAAGAACGGGGAGGAGCUAGUCAUGGUCCAGGAACCUUGGAUCCACCAGGAUCGUAUCUGUGGACUAUGUCUGAAGGGCUAUAAGCUCUACUACGCUAAAGGCGCAGCAAUGAAGAUACAGUAGCAGUCUCAUGGGAAACCAAUGAAGGCAGUUUGUUGUGGCUGAUCUCCAGCUAUAUGGCGCACGAUCAUGGGGAGCAUCCGCCAAAUGAUGCUGUCCGCAGUGCUGUUAAAAUGGCGAAUAGGUCUAAGAUACCUUUAGUUAUCUGUGCUGACGCUAACUCGCACCACAUCAUAUGGGGUAGCAGUGACACCAAUACAAGAGGUGAGAGUCUUUUCAACUUCAUUCUUAAUAGUAGUUUGGAAGUAGUAAAUAGAGGUUCAGAACCUACCUUCAUUAUCGCUAACAGAAGUGAGGUUCUAGACU